AUGUCAUUAUAUACAAUACAUAAGCGUCAGAAACAUGUUGAGUAUUCACCUGUUGAGCCUGUAUCUGUUUAAAUUGUCCUGAAAAUAUGAGUAAUUUUAUAAAAUUUGUGAAUUGCCUUAAUCACAGUGAAGGUGAUGGUGUUUUAUCCUACCCUAGACAUCUGCUAUAAUGAGCUGGAGCUGUGAUUCUCCAAGCCACAUUUAAACAUCAUUAGUAACAUAUGGUCUGGGAAAACAGGCGAGAAAUUGCUCCCCUGCGAAAGAAAGGACUGCUGGUUUCUUAUACUUCUAGCUUCAUGAUUCACAGGAAAGAUAGUUAAAGUCAACAAUAGUGAAAGCAGUGAUCCAAACUUAGCAGCUGUUUCUGGCUCACAGUCCUCUUAAUUUGUGUCCCUUUUCUCCCUGUUGUUAUGCUCGUUUGCGCAGAAGAAAUCCGUGUUAAAAAUGCACCUUCUUUCUUUUCUCCUCUUGCUAUUUGUUUUCCCCAUAAUUCACUUGAACUGAUCAAUAUCUUCAAUCAAGGUAAGUUUCCUGUGAGACUCUUCAGUAAGAGUGUGCUGUCACUAGUUUGCUAAUCAGGUGCUCGAGUAACAAGAGAACCACAUGUGAAAAAAGCAAACUCUUCAUCACCAACUGCUUACUUGAAGAGUCUGCACUUUAUUUAACCAACGUGUUUUUGUGCAGGGCCUUCAUCUGGAUUUUAAAACUCUCUUGGACCAGAAGAAUUUCUUUUGUGAGGUUUAACGGUCAAUCUUGACCCCGGAAACAGCAAUUUAAAAAAAAGUCUCACCACAAGAUCCAUUUAGUGGCUAUUCUGGAGCUUUCGAUCAUAUCACAUGGUCUUGAUUAUAAGAAAAAAGUGAAAACAAGAUAGGCUCACAUAUAUAGAACAAAUAACCAAUUGUAACCACUUUGCUUUGAUAACGCUUCUGGAUAUCUGAGGCUUUUUCAGAUCACAAGGUCUGAAUCUUGUUAAAGAUGGAUGGACAUGAUUUAAAUCAAUGUAUGCUGUUAUUGCAGGUAUUUUUGUCUUUAUAAGAAGGACUUAGAUGAUGCUUUUACACCGAGUAAAUGUGAGGCUACCUCAGUGUGCUGCAGUCACAGUGCGCAGUCAUGCAAAAUACAGCAUGCUGCAGCAACACUGUUACUUGAGGAUAUUCUGAAGAUCGUUGAUAACACCUUUCUCAUAAGAUAUUCUGCAUUAGAUAACGUGCUGUCUAUUUAACAAACACAUGUAGAAUCUGGAAUACUGUUCAAACAAUACAACGUAACGCUUGUGUAAGAAAUAAACUGUCAUCCUGAGUUCAUGCAGUUUAUGCUCUGCAAAACAAAAUAAGUCAGUUACCUAGCAGCAACUUAACACUCACCAUGACCUCCAGCUCUGCUCUGCAGCACCGCCACUGAAUCAGCCUUAUUGUUAUUCCAUAACAGCAGACUGGGGUUUAAUAUGUCCUGUGAUCUGGCAGGUGAUUUCUGGAUGCCAGGGCAGCGAUGAGGAAUGCAUUAAGAUCUGAAUAGGUCAACAGUCCAGAGCAACCCAGAGACAGAGAGAAAGAGAUAUAUAGAGAGAUAUUUCUUGGAGCCAGGCAACCUGAUUUCUAUGCAACAGAAAUAGCCUCAGAUAGAGUAAAUAACACUGUACACAUUCUUAAGCAAAGCACAUUCCUCAGGUCAGCAAGGAGAAACAGAUAAACAUUUAUACCUUGCUAGCUGGCAUGGAGACACUCUACUGUUUAGAUCAGGCCUGGUUUAAUUUUUUCAUCUUAAUAUGUUGAAAUCUGUCUUAUUUUGCAUUCUGUAUAUAGCAAUUUGACUUUAAAAUAGCUUUAAGUAGUUGCUGCAGCUUUACAUUUGUAAUGAGAUUUGUUAUGAAACUUAAUGUAGUUUAUCAUUUGACCUUAGUUGUCUGCAGCCAUGAUGACACUGGAUUAUAUGGUUUAGCUGUUUGGUGAAAGUCUAGGAAAUGACCAAGGGGAUGCACUGCAGCAAGUUUAAAAAUAGGUUUUAAAUUAUCUAGGAAGGCGUGGCAUUGGCUGGAAGCUUGGUUGCUUGGAUGCGUAGAAAAUCCUGUUUUGUUAGCCUGCAACAAAGCCUCUGAAUUCAGAUGUAGGUCACAAGAAAUUGUAAAGAAUUUGGAAAAGAAACAAUCUGUAGAUUGUACUUGAGAAAGCAAUGAUCUGAAUGUACCCAGGAAGAGAAGGUCAGAUGCCGGAGCCACAUAUCACUGCUCACAGUGGCAUCAGAUGUGACAGGCUAUGUCCCUUCAUAGCAGAGCUCACAUCUGUCACUGCCAUCAUUAACCAAAGUCAUCAAUAUUUAACUGAACUUAAUGGUCUGACUGCUCUGGGAAGGGAUGGUUCAGAGCCUUUUCUGCUCUUUCUGUUUAACAAGUUUUAUCUAACUCAGUGGAAACAGAAGCUAAACAAGUCGCAUCAUUUGUUUGGUCUGUUUGGUAUCUGCAAAGAUGCCUCACAACACAGGAUUCUACUGUACGUGCAGUGGUGAAUUCUGUCCCUGGAGAGCAUCAAAGAAACGCACAUGUCAGAAAGGACAGAUGCUUCAGUGGAGAAACCUGCAUUAGCAUCUGAUCCUAUGGACAUGGAGGGGUCCAGUGACAAGCUUUUCUGCUGCAGGUGGGUGCGCCACAGGUUUCCCCUGGCCCACAGAGAGGAACUGUACCACAUCCUGCUGAUGACAGGGCCUCUGCUGCUCUCUCGAAUCCUCAAUUACCUGCUUCCAUUUGUGGUUACGAUGUUCUGUGGGCGUCUGGGAAAUGAAGUGAUGGCUGGCUAUGGAUUAGCUUCUGCUACCAUUAAUGUUACCACUGCAGCAACUGGUUGUGGCCUGGGACUGGCAUGUGAUACUUUGGUGUCUCAGACAUUUGGUGGUAAGAACCUGCUGCGGGUGGGAGUGAUCCUUCAGCGGGGCAUCAUCAUUCUGCUGAUGUUCUGUCUGCCCUGCUGGGGCCUCCUCAUUAAUGCUCAGGCCAUCCUGUUAUGCCUGGGCCAGGACCCUGAGGUGACCAGAAUAGCCCAGCUGUAUAUUACAGCUUUCCUUCCAGCUGUACCAGCAAUGUUUCUACAUCAGCUUCAGGUGUCUUAUCUGCAGAACCAGGGUAUAAUACUACCACAAAUGUACACUGCUGCCAUGGCAAACAUAGCAAAUGUGGUGACAAACUACAUCUUUCUUUACUGGCUGGAUCUGGGUGUUAGUGGAUCUGCAGCAGCCAAUACCCUGUCUCAGAUUUACAUCUGUGCUUUUCUGUUUGCUUACAUUUGGUGGAAGAAGCUCCAUUUAACAACGUGGGGAGGCUGGUCUGUAGAAUCACUGCAGGAGUGGGGUUCCUAUAUGAAACUGGCCAUUCCCAGCACAUUAAUGACAUGUUUCGAGUGGUGGGUUUAUGAGUUUGGGGGAUUCUUUGCAGGAAUGCUGAGUGAAGAUGAGCUGGCAGCCCAACAUGCUGUGAUAAUGGUGGCUUUUAUAACCUACAUGUUCCCUCUUGGUAUUCAAGCUGCAGCAUGUGCCCGUGUGGGAAACGCUCUUGGUGCAGGAGACACUGCCAGGGCGAUCCUCAUCAGCAAGAUGUCACUCGCUCUUGCAGGUAGCUUUGCAGUUGUUGAAGGUCUCGUGCUUGGCUCUACUAAAACAGUGAUUGGCUUCAUCUUCACCUCUGAUGAGAAGAUCAUUGGUCUGGUCUCACACUUGAUGAAUGCUUACUGUUUCCUUCAGUUCUUUGAUGGUCUUGUGUGUGUGUGCACAGGCAUCUUCUUGGGCACGGGCAAACAGAAGAUACCAGCUGUGGCCAAUUUCAUUGGAUACUACGGCAUAGGACUUUCACUGAGUGUUACUUUAAUGUUUGUUGCAAAACUGAGAGUUUUAGGAUUUUGGCUGGGACUGCUCAUUUGUGUCGUCUUACAAUCCACCUUCUACAUCAUUGUCAUUUUCAAGCUCAACUGGGAGAGAAUGACAGAGGAGGCUGUGAAACGAGCUCAGAAAAAGACACAGAUGACAUUAUUAAGCACAGCUGCCUCGUCAGAUGCUGCGGGUAACAACACUGCUGGACAGACAUCAGUAGAUGGCUACAUGUCUGUGAGCACAGAGACACAGGGUAGCCGUGUGGUCCAGCAGCUGAAGGGUGGCCGCCUCUCCACUACCCAGCUGAUCCUCAGGCGAGGACUCACUAUGUUUGCAGCAGUUGCCCUUCUGGCUGUGGGAGCAAGUGUGCACUUCCUUGUGCCCUUGCCAGAGACCCUGCCUUCAGAGGCCAACUUUACUUUGGACUUGAUCGAUACUACAUUAUAAUCCUGAUCAAAUUUUGUCCACUGUGCUGGUCCCAAUAGACAACAUUGAGAGCCUUGAUCAUAAAAUCAUUGUUUGUGCUCAAUGUCAUAACUCUCAUGGACUUAUUAUCUUUGACAGAAAGUGUCUAACAGUGCAAUACAGUGACAUAUUUGAUAAAAAAUGAAAUGAAUGAAUGGUUGGACUAUUAUUUUGUUUUAAGAGAUUAAUUUAUUGUUUGAUCAUAGACAAUUUAAAUUUUUGGUUCUCUCGUUUUUUUUCUCAUCUGCACUUGUGUCAUGUCCACCUGUAAUGCAACUCGAUUGUUUUAAUCAUGUGAAGAAUGUUUUUACUUAUUCUUAAGUGCAACUCUCAGGACUAUGAUAAAUACAGGUCCUGACUGAUGAAACCUUGUCUUUAGGCUUAUGGCAAAAGAGAUAAUGGUGUUUGUAGAAAUGUGAAUAGAUGUUCUAUUUUAUUGAAUUAAUAAAAGUAAUAGUUUUGUGGGGUGAAUUCUUCUGAGCUUUUGUAUUCAGUGGUUGUUGGAAAUAAAAGAAGACAAAUAUAU